AUGGAAAUUCACUCCUUGCAGGAAAAAGACAAAGCUGCUCGGAUUAUUCAAUCAGCUGUAAGAAAUUUUCUGUCUCACCGGCGCAUCCAGAAAAAAGUUAAUGCAGCAAUUUUCAUUCAGAAACACUGGAGAAGAUAUUUAGCUGAGAGGAAAACUUUGAAAUUGAAAAAGGCAAAACUGGAGGAAACUAAAAGUGAAUCAGCUAAAGUCAUCCAGACUUACUGGAGGAGAUUCUCUGCUAGAAAAAGAUAUCUGCAACUAAGAUACUAUGCUAUCCUUGUGCAAGCUAGGAUAAGAAUGUUGAUUGCUGCUGCAUAUAAACGACUUCUUUGGGCAACUGUUACAAUUCAGAGACAUUUGCGUGCUUCCUUGGUGGCAAAACAAGAUCAGCAAAGAUAUGAAACUUUAAAGUCUUCAUCAAUUGUCAUUCAAUCUGCAUUUAGAAGAUGGAGAAAACACAAAAUUAAGCAGAAAAUUAAAGCUGUGAUAGUGUUGCAGACUGCUUUCCGAAAAUGGCAAGCCUCAAAAUUAGCUAAAGAGCAAGCUGCUGUUGUCAUACAGUCUUGGUAUAGAAUGCAUAAAGAUUUGAAGCAGUAUUUACAUGUUAGAAAAAGUGUUAUCCAGAUUCAAGCUUGGCUUAGAUGUGUUCAGGCUAAACAUGUUUAUGAGGAAAAAAGGGCAUGCAUAUUGAUGAUUCAAAAGCAUUACAGAGCUUAUCGGUUGGGUAAAAUUCAAAGAGAAAACUAUUUGCAAAAACGUGCAGCAGUUACAGUCCUCCAAGCUGCUUUUAGAGGCAGGAAAACUCGUCUGUUAUAUAGACAAAUAAAAGCAGUCUGUGUAGUUCAAUCACAUUGGAGAAUGAGACAAGAGCAGCGAAGAUUUUUACUCAUGAAACAGUCUGUUGUUACAUUACAGUCGCAUGUGAGAAAAUAUCAACAACUAAAAAGAUACAAAGAGACUAAAAAUGCUGUUUGCAUAAUUCAAACUCGAUACAGAGCAUAUAUUGCAUCUAAAAAUGCUGUCUCUUCUUUCCAGAAAAUGCGCCUUGCUGCUAUUGUGCUACAAUCUGCCUACAGAAGAAUGCAAGCUAGGAAAGAGGCCCACAUAUUGAGAUCUGUGGUGAAAAUUCAGUCAAGUUAUCGUGCUUAUGUUGCCCAGAAAAAAAUUGAAAUUUUAAAAGCUGCUGCAGUGAAGAUUCAGGCUUUUAUAAAAAUGAUACAAGCACGUAAACGUUACCGUGCUUUAAGAGAGGCAGCACUCUAUGUUCAACGAAGGUACCGUUCCCAAAAAUACAUUCUUCAACUUAAAGAAGAAUAUAGGAAACUGAAGGGAGCUUGUGUUAGAGUUCAAGCUGUAGUGCGAGGGCAUCUGAUCAGAAAAAAAGUACAAAGAUGGAGAGAGGCUGCGACCUUACUCCAGGCUUCCUACAGAAUGAAAAGGGAUAGGCAACGCUAUUUGAGGGUGUAUUCUGCUACUGUUAUCAUUCAGAAUCGUUAUUGUGCAUACCAAGAGCAAGUCUGUCAGAGGCAGAAGUUCUUGAAAGUCAAAAAGGCAGUUGUCUGCUUGCAAGCAGCCUACAGAGGUUAUAGAGUACGCAAAAUGCUUAAACUUCAGUAUAUAGCCACUGUUAAAAUUCAGACAGCUUUUAGAGCUCAUGCUGCAAGAAUGAAAUAUCAAGCAAUGAUUCAGGCCUCUAUUGUGAUUCAGAGGUGGUACAGAGCCUACAAAACUGGUUACAAAGUGAGACUAGGCUUCUUAAAAAGAAGAGCAGCUGUGAUUUUUCUUCAAGCAGCUCUUCGUGGUUGCAAAUGAAAACAGGUUCAUAGAGAACAUGCUGCUGCAGUUACAAUACAGACGGCCUUUAGAAAGUUCCAGGCUCAAAGAUUCAGGCUUAUAAACAGUGCUGUGCUAACUAUCCAGCGGCAAUAUAGAGCCAGUAUUGUAGGUAGAAAACAGCGGCAAGAAUAUAUGGAACUACAUAACUGUACUGUAAAGCUCCAGGCAAUUUGGAGAGGAAGAACUGUGAGAAAACAUAUUCAAAGGAAGCAUCAGUUUGCUGUAAUCAUACAAUCCUAUUACAGAAUGCAUGUAAAUCAAUCAAAGUUGAAAACUUUGAGACAAGCUGUCUUAGUGAUUCAGAGACACUACAGAGCUUACUGUAUGAAAAAGGAACAACGUACACUUUAUCUAAAAACAAAAGCAGCUGCCUUAGUCUUGCAAGCUGCUUUCCGUGGGAUGAGAGUGAGGAAACAAUUAUCGGAAAUCAACAAAGCUGCUACUAUUAUACAAGCAACCUACAAAUCCUAUGUAGUAAAAACAAAAUAUGCAGCACUUAAAGCUAUGACUAUCCUGGUUCAAAGGCGGUAUCGUGCAGUUGUUCAAGCUAAGUAUCAAAAGCAGGAAUAUCUAUCUUUAAAGAAUGCAGUUGUUAAAAUUCAGGCUAUUUAUAGAGGUAUAAAAGUAAGACGACAAAUUCACUGCUUGCAUCAGGCAGCUAUUUCAAUUCAAGCCAUGUUUAAGAUGCAUCGUAUAAACAUUAGAUAUCGUGCAGUGAAACUGGCAGCAACUGUAAUUCAAAUUAGAUAUAGAGCAUUUUGUCAAGGGAGAGUGGAACGUAAAAAAUACUUAGAGCUACAGAGGUCAUCUCUCGUCCUUCAGGCUGCCUAUAGAGGCAUGAAAGUUCGAAGAAAGGUAAGAAUUAUGCAUCAAUCUGCAACAAUAAUACAGUCAUAUUAUCGAAUGCACAGACAACAAAAAGAUUUCAAAAAGUUAUCCAUGGUAACUAAACAGAUACAGCAGUGGUAUCGUGCUUGCAAAGAACGAAAUGUUCAAGUACACAAAUACAGGAUUAUGAAGAGAGCCAUACUCUGUAUCCAGGCUGCGUUUGGCAUGAAAACCAGGAGACAUUUGAAAAUGAUGCAUGUAGCUGCAGCCCUUCUUCAAAGGAGAGUUAGGUCCUUUCUUAAAAGGAAAAAAUAUAUUUCUCUUAGGACAGCUGCUGUUAUGAUUCAGAGAAAAUAUAGAGCAACAGCACAUGCAAAGCAACAGCACCAAGAAUAUCUUCAUCUCCGAAAGGCUGCUGUUACCAUACAGUCUGCUUAUAGAGGCUUUGUGGUAAGGAAAAAGAUGCAACAGAUGCACAGGGCUGCUACAGUUAUCCAAGCAGCUUUAAGAAUGUAUAGAAUGUGUAUUUCCUAUCAAUCUGUCAAAUCUGCUUCAGUAACUAUACAACAACAUUACCGAGCUUACAAGGAGGGAAAACGUGUGAGAGAAAUGUAUUUAAAACAGUACAACUCUGUUUUAGUUCUUCAGACUGCCUAUAGAGGAAUGAAAACAAGACAGCUUCUAAAGAAAAAACAUAAUGCUGCAACCAUAAUACAAAGCAAUUAUCGAAUGUACAAGCAAAGUUGUUACUACAAAAAAGUACAGUGGGCAACCCAAGUAAUACAGAAAAGAUACAGAGCAAGUAAGAUGAGAGGAAUUGCAGUACAGCAGUACUCUGCUAUGAAGAAAGCAGCAACUUGCAUUCAAAGAGCUUUUCGAGAGAUGAGGGCAAGAAAAAAACAUCAAGACAUAUACCACGCUGCUGUUGUUCUUCAGAGACAUUUUAAAACAUUUAAAGAACGACAAAGGUAUCUUUCCCUUAAAGCUGCUGCUGUUGUCCUUCAGAGAAGAUACAGAGCUUUAAUUUUGGUCAGAUGGCACACUCAAGAAUACCUUUCUUUUCGUAGAGCAGUUAUUCGUAUACAGUCUCUGUACAGGGGUAUUCAAACAAGAAGAAAAAUUCAGCAUAUGCAUUUGGCUGCCAGCACAAUCCAGUCAGCAUUUAGAAUGCAUAAGAUUAAAAUCGCUUACCAGAGAAUGAGAAUUGCAGCUGUAGUCAUACAGAAUUAUUACAGAUUCUAUGUUAAAGGAAAAGUUCAACGGAAGAUGUAUCUGACAAUUCAGAAAUCUGUGCUGGUCAUUCAGGCUGCUUAUAGAGGCAUGAAAGCACGACAAGAACUGAAAAUCAUGCAUGCAUCAGCAACUAUAAUACAGUCUCUUUAUCGUAUGCACAAACAGCAUAAUCAUUAUAAACAGUUACGCUGGGCAGUCAGAGUUGUACAGCAAAGGUUCAGAGCUAACAGGGCAAGAGAAGCUGAAGUAAAAAACUAUACCAAAAUUAAAAAGGCUGCCCUUUGCCUUCAGUCUGCUUUUCGUGCUAAAAAAGCUAGGCAGUUGGCUACAAUCAUACAAGCUGCACAGCGUAUUCAGUCAGUCUUACAGAUGUACUUAGACAGGAGACGUUUUCUUAAGAAGAAGACAGCAGCAGUAACAAUUCAGUCUGCAUUCCGAUGCCAUAGAAUGAAGACACGCUACAAAGCAAUUCGGAAUUCAACAAUUGCGAUUCAGCGAUGGUACAGAGCCUGUCGAAUGACUUGUUUACAGAAAGCUGAGUACUCUGCCCAAAGGCAAGCCAUAAUAAUUAUUCAGUCUGCCUAUCGUGGAACAGUAAUAAGAAAAAUGGCAAAGCAAAAACGUGCUGCAAGAAAGAUUCAGUCUUUUCUUCACAUGGCUGUGCAUCGUAGAAAAUUUGUUCGACUCAGAGCAGCAGCUGUUACAUUGCAGACUUAUUACUUGAUAAAUAAAACCAAACUACAAUAUAUGCCCUACAGAAAGGCAAUAUUUGUAUUACAGCAGCACUACAGAUCAUAUUUAGCUAUGAAACACCAAAGAGGAGCUUACUUAAGAACCCGGAAGAGCAUCAUAAUUAUACAGUCUAGAAUCAGGGGAUUCAUCGAGCGGAGAAAGAUUCAGGAAAUUAAACAAAGCACAAUAAAAAUUCAGGCUUUAUUUAGGGGUUUUAAAGCCAGGCAGUUGGCUGGUAAAAUGAAAGCUGCACGAACAAUUCAAGCCUGGUUCAGAAGAUACAGAGCACGAAAAGAAUAUACAGCUGUGGUAAAAGCUACUUGUGUCAUUCAAAGUUAUUUCAAAAGCAAACGGCAGAGGACCUGGUUUUUGAAAAUGAAGGCCUCUACAAUUACUAUUCAGAGGAGAUGGAGAGAAACCCUUACUGCAAGAACAAUUCUGCUACAAUUCCUAGCAACCAAGGAAGCUGCAGUUAAGAUUCAAUCAGGUUACAGAAAAUACAGCACUAGGAAACAGAUUAAAAAGAAGCAGCAGGCUGCAUGUUUGAUUCAGGCAGCUUAUAGAGGCUUCAAAGAAAGACACAAGUUUCAUCAACAAAAAGCUGCUGCUUUGAUCAUCCAGAAACGUAUACGAGCUAGGCAAGAAGGAAGACAUGAAUGCAUAAAAUACAUCAAAACUAGAAAAGCUGUUAUUAAACUGCAAGCAUUUUUCCGGGGGUGGUUAGUGAGAAAAAAGAUUUUAGACCAGAAACAGAAGAAGUGGUUGCUUUGUUUUUCAGCUGCUGCAUAUCAUCAUCUCUCUGCUAUUAAAAUUCAGAGAGCAUUCAGAAUUCACCUUGUAUUGAAACAUGCACAAAUGCAGAUCUCUUCUGUCCUAUGUAUUCAGAGGUGGUUUCGAGCAAGACUUCAACAACAAAAAAGUCUACAGGAUCAUCAGAAAAUCAUUAAAAUACAGCAAAUGGUUCGAAGGUGGCUGAAACAGAGAAAUGAGGCUGCAACCACAAUCCAAAGAGCUGUACGAAUGUUCCUUUUCUACAAACACAGAAGAAAGCUGAAGAAUGGAAUAAUUAAAUUUCAGGCAUUGUGGAGAGGAUAUUCUUGGAGGAAGAAAAAUGACACAGCAAAAACUAAAGCAUUACGACACAGUUUGGAAAUGGCUAACAAAGAGAGCAAAGAAGAAAACAAACUGUGUAACAGAACUGCAGUUGCCAUUGAUUAUCUUCUAAAAUACAAACAUAUUUCUUACAUUCUUGCAGCGUUAAAACAUCUAGAGGUUGUUACCAGGCUCUCCCCUCUCUGUUGCGAAAAUAUGGCCCAGAGCGGAGCAAUCUUCACUAUUUUUAUUCUGAUCCGGAAUUGCAACCGCAGUAUCCCCUGUAUGGAAGUUAUCAAAUAUUCGGUUCAAGUCCUGCUUAACGUUUCAAAGUAUGAAAGAACUACUCAAGCAGUUUAUGAAGUGGAAAAUUCUGUAGAUACAUUACUGGACUUACUGCAGAUGUACAGAGAAAAGGCUGGUGACAAAACUUCAGAGAAAGGCGGAAGCAUUUUCACAAAAACAUGUUGUUUGUUGGCCAUUCUUUUAAAGGAUUCAAAGAGAGCUUCUGAUAUCCGAAGCACAUCUAGAGCUGCUUCUCGUAUUCAUAGCUUAUAUAAACUUACAGCUCGUAAACAUAAAAUGGAUGCUGAAAGAACGCUUUCCAAGCACAAGAUGCACACAUCCAUGAGUGGGAGUUUCUUUGUUCCAGUAACUCCUGUACGAACAAAAGUAGUUUCAAGAAUUAAACCAGACUGGGUUUUAAGGAAAGAUAAUAUGCAAGAAAUUGUAGAUCCUCUGCAAGCUAUUCGAAUGGUAAUGGAUACACUUGGUUCUGCCUACCACUAAAAUGUAGAUACUAUCUUUGAAAAUGUGUGUGUAUAUAUGUGUGUAUUCAAAAUGGAUAAAUGCUUUUGAGAGGGAAAACAAAUUAGUGUCAAAAGUGAUUACUUAAAGAUGCAAAUUUACUCUACAAUUCGGCAUUUUUAUUUUGUAUUUUGUAUGGGUGGGUUUUUUUAUGCUACUUUGUACUAAUGCCUAAAGCAAUUGUACAAUAAAAUACUGAACUGCUUUGAA